CGCCAUUAUGUCUGAUAGAGCGAAGGGCAGAUAACGGUGAUUGGUCUCUCCGGGCAACCGACUCGGCGCGCCGUAGUUCUAAUUGGCCGGUUCUUUCACAGAACGCUCUUCCUCUGAUAUGAUAGGCUGAGCAGCAGGCGGGGUGGGAGUGGGCUGUGCUAUAUGGGAUACGCUUUGCUAUAGGCUUCUCAAAACUGCGCCCCUCCUGCCUUCUGUUUGGCUAGGUCCUCCGGGAGCCACGCCCCAUAUUCUAUUACCAGGUCCCGCCGUCUGCCCCACGGAAGCCUUUUGCCCCUUCCCUCUUUUGGCGGCCAACGCUCUUUCCUGGUCCCCUCGUGCUUUCCCCUUUAUAACGGUCAACGACAGAGGGCCCGGACGCACGCUGAUUGACGUGUGCGUAGGCCAAUGAGAAGCAGCUUCGGCAGAUUUAAUUUGUAGGAACCUCCCUAAUCCUCCCGCCCUCCGAAAUCUGCGUGAGGAAACAGCCAGGAAACAUUUACUACGCAACAGGGCCCUGGAAUGUCAGGCAUGAGAGAAGAAAGCCAAGUAGGGUAGGAGCCAGGUACAGGAGUAGGUGUCAACAGGUUCAGGCAUCCUGUGCCAUGGUUCCACAGUCACAACCUUCAUUCCCCAGUCAUUUUGAAGCAAACAUGAUGACACCCAUGGUGGAUCUCUGUAAUUCAACCAAGGGAGAAUCCUUUCAGCAAGCAGAAGACUCUGCCAGUUCAGUGGAGUCCCCUCGGCCCCGCAGUGUCUCUGUUGUUUCUACCACUUCCCAAUUAAGCAGCCGCAACCCAAAGGAUGUCCUACGCCAUCGCAUAUUCCACUUAUCUGAGAUGCUGCGGGUGGAGAAAGCCAAUCGGGAUGACAAUACCUCAUGCUAUGUGGAGCUGGUGGGCAAGGCAGACAGAGAGAAAGCACCUUCCAUCCGGCAGGCCUUUGAACGUAUCAACCAGCGCUCCUCAGCCAAUAUUGCCCAACUAGAACAGCGUCUGCAGGAUUCCUGGGCUCAGCUGAAGAAGUUGGAACAGAGGAUUUUUACAAGCCAGGACAGCAGCAGCAGUGCUACUCCUACCCAGCAGCAGCUCACCACUCCCAGGAACAGCAUGUCUCACCAGCCAUCCUUCAGCAUACCCAGAAGCCGCACUUCAGAAACUUGCACUGUUGAGGAACUCCUUCCUUCCAUCUCGGAGAGCAAAGAAAACAGGUCUGCUCAAGAGGCUUCCUCAAAGCAAAUCCUUGAGGAAGAGAUCAAGCAGAGGGUUCAAGAGUUGAAAGCUCAGCUGCUUGAUCUCAGAGAAGACCACAAGGUCCUGGAGGAUGAGUGGCACAAGCUGGAUGAGUCAUGGAAGGCUGACAAACAGCAGAUGAUGGAACUGCUGCAGGAGGAGAAGAAGAGGUACUACCAUCUCGAAGUGCAGGUGAAUGAUGUGAUACAGAUAAAUCUCAAUGAGAUCACCAACCUCAAACAUGACCUGGCAUGCACGGAGGAGAAAAUGGUCUAUCAGUCUUAUGAGAGGUCCCGGGACAUCUGGGAGGUGCUGGACUCCUACCAGACCCGGCUGGCCAAACUCGAAAUGCAGCAGCAAACCCAGCAACAGGAGGCAAUGGAGCUACCCCAGGCCAGUGUGUAUAAACUUUAUGGACAGCUCAUAAACCUGCUGCUGACCAUUGCCACCAUUCUCUUGGUGUGUGUUUCUACUAUUUCAGCCUGUUCCCUUCCUCUCCUGCGCACUCGCUGGCGUGCCCUGGCCACUCUGCUUGUGAUUGUCAUCAUAAGCGCUGCCUGGAAGUACUUGCCCGUCAUUCGUCAACAGGAAUGGAGAACAUGGCUUCCCUCUGCCUGGUAGACAGAGAACAAAAUGGCACACAAAUUUCCUUAUCCAUCCUGAUGCUCUCCAACGCUCCCUACUCUCAAUGCUUAUUUAACUACUUGUUUGUUUGUUUAUUUAUUAAUUAAAAAUUAAGAGCCUA